ACACAUACACACACUAAGAGUGAGUUAGUGAGGAUCUCAGUGCGCAGUGCGGAGCUGAAAACAUGAGCAGCCUUGCAUUGAUUAUCAGUGUUCGUGCAUGAUGCAUUAGACACACACACACACACAGGUGUGAUUUGACGGAGAUCAUGUGUGCGAUGCGCUCUUCGCGGGGGAAAGUGUCUUCAUGAGUGUCCAAAGUAACAGCAACAGCAGUGGAAGUUUGGACGGAGCGCCAUCUUGCUCUCAGUUCUCGACUGGAUCUCCGACCCCGGGCUCAGUUUCUCCGCUCGAUAUCUGCGCUCCGAGGAGGCACAAAGAAGGAAUGGAUGAGCUGCAUUCCCUGGAUCCACGUCGGCAGGAGCUCUUGGAGGCACGUUUCAUCGGGGCGGUUAGUGGAAACACAGGAGGAAGCACGGGGAGCGCGAGUGGGGGACCUAAGGGUUUGAACAAUAACGAAUGUUCUAGUCACAGUUUUGGCAGCCUGGGGUCAUCUAGUGACAAGGAGUCUGAGAACUCUGACAUAAAGAAAGGAGGAUCGCCUGCCUAUUCAACCCCAGAGAAGAAGCACUCCGAGUCAUCCAGGGGAAGAAAGAGGAAGGUUGAUAACCAAUCAGAGAGCAGUCAAGGAAAGUCUUCCGGCCGAGGGCCCAAGAUCAGCGAUUAUUUUGAUUUCCAAGGAGGAAACGGAUCAAGUCCAGUCAGGGGUCUUCCUCCGGUCCUGCGCUCGCCACAGAACUCUCACUCUGCACCUGGGGCUAUCGUCAGACAGAACAGCUCCUCACCCACCAGCCUGUGUUUCAUGGAUCACAUGAUGAAUUCAAAACAGAUUAGCAGCAGAAGUGUCCAGACGGAUUUGACACUGUUGAAACUGGCUGCACUUGAGAGCAAUAAGAAUCUUGACCUUGAGAAGAAAGAGGGCAGAAUAGAUGAUCUACUCAGGGCGAACUGUGACCUCCGCAGACAGAUAGAUGAGCAACAGAAGCUGCUGGAACGUUUCAAGGAGCGUCUGAACAAAUGCACUACGAUGAGUAAAAAACUCCUCAUUGAGAAGAGCACUCAAGAGAAGCAGUCCUGCCGGGAAAAGAGCAUGCAGGACCGGCUGCGUCUGGGGCACUUCACCACAGUCCGGCACGGAGCGUCCUACUCAGAACAGUGGACAGAUGGAUAUGCCUUCCAGAACCUGGUCAAGCAGCAAGAGUGGAUAAACCAGCAGAGGGAAGAGAUUGAGAGACAGAGGAAACUUCUAGCAAAGCGCAAACCUCCCAGCACACCCUCCUCCCAGAGCCCGACCCCCAAUGAGUCCAAACAGAGAAAGACCAAAGCAGUCAAUGGAGCUGACAACGACCCCUUCCUCAAACCCAGCCUGCCUACGCUACUGACAGUGGCAGAGUAUCAUGAGCAAGAAGAAAUUUUCAAACUGAGACUGGGUCAUCUCAAAAAGGAGGAGGCAGAGAUUCAGGCGGAGCUGGAACGGUUGGAGCGCGUGAGGAAUCUGCACAUUCGAGAACUUAAAAGAAUCAACAAUGAGGACAGUUCUCAGUUUAAAGACCAUCCGACCCUUAAUGAAAGAUAUCUCCUGUUACACUUGCUGGGAAGAGGAGGUUUCAGUGAAGUUUAUAAGGCAUUCGACCUGUUUGAGCAACGAUAUGCUGCUGUGAAGAUCCACCAGCUCAACAAGAACUGGAGAGAAGAGAAGAAAGAGAACUACCACAAACAUGCCUGUCGAGAAUACAGAAUCCACAAGCAACUGGACCAUCCCAGAAUAGUCAAACUUUACGACUACUUUUCUCUGGACACUGACACAUUCUGCACUGUUCUCGAGUUCUGCGAGGGGAAUGAUCUUGAUUUCUAUCUGAAGCAACACAAGCUGAUGUCUGAGAAAGAGGCUCGCUCCAUCGUCAUGCAGAUAGUCAACGCCCUCCGAUACCUCAAUGAGAUCAAACCGCCCAUCAUCCACUACGACCUGAAACCGGGAAAUAUCCUGUUGGUGGAUGGAACAGCAUGUGGGGAGAUUAAGAUCACAGACUUUGGCCUGUCAAAAAUCAUGGAUGACGACAGCUACGGAGUGGACGGGAUGGACCUGACAUCACAGGGAGCCGGAACCUACUGGUAUUUGCCGCCAGAGUGUUUUGUUGUUGGUAAAGAGCCUCCAAAGAUCUCUAAUAAAGUAGAUGUGUGGUCUGUGGGCGUCAUCUUCUUCCAGUGCCUGUAUGGACGAAAGCCGUUUGGCCAUAAUCAGUCCCAGCAAGACAUCCUUCAAGAGAACACCAUCCUGAAAGCCACUGAGGUGCAGUUUCCUGCCAAACCCGUGGCUAGCAACGAGGCCAAGGCGUUUAUCCGCCGCUGUCUGGCUUACAGAAAGGAGGACCGGUUUGACGUCCACCAACUGGGCAGCGACUCGUACCUCCUUCCUCACAUGAGACGGUCCAAUUCGUCGGGGAACUUGCAGGCCACGCCCGCCAGCCCCGCCUCUUCAGGAAUAAUCUCCUACUGAUCUCAUUGGCUGAUCGAUCGCGAUUGAUGGUUCUGAUGGUGAUUUCCCUCCCUUCGACACCUCGGGGUGGACCGGAAGGGGGAGGAGCUAUGUAUCAGCUGACAGGCUGUAGGACACACCCACCCACACCGGCCACGGUGACUGCCAUUGAUAUUGGGGCAGGAAUGACUGAUGUCAUUUCCUGUGUGGAUCCAGAUGUCAGUCAGAGCUAGAACCAUUUGAAAAUGGAUUUUUUUUUUUUUUACCCAAGGCAUUUUGUGGAGUAGAUUUGGGAGGGUUGCGCUAACGUGUUAGCUUCUUGUUGAUAUCCUCCCUGAGCUACGCCUCAGUAAAGGGGUGUUUUGUUUUGUGUAAGUGUGAAAUUUAGAGGCAAUUAAUUGUAGUGUGAUUGGAAAUAGACGAACGAGUGUUUUAAUGUGGCACAAAGGUGUCUAAGAAUUUGUGUGCGUGCACCAGAGAAUGGAUGUUUUACGCCACGCGUUAUAUGUUGGCUGUUCAUGUUGGCCACAGAUUGCAAGGUGUUUGUGUGUUACAAAGUACUGUCUGUUUCACUUCAAAGCAACAUGUAUGAACAUUGUCAGCUUAUGUUUAAAUGGGCGCAAUAUUUAAAAAAAAUUGAUGGAUGAAUCAAUACAAAUAAUGUCCAGGUCAUUUUUCACCCCCAAAACAAGCAUGAAAAUUGUAUUUUAAUUUGCAUUAAAGAAACGAAGGCUGUUUUAGGAGCGUUUGGCACAAAUUUACAUUUAUUGUGACACUAUUUUGAUUGAAUUUUACUGUUAUAAAGAAUUUAUAUAUAUACUCUUUUAUAACUGUAAAACAAAUCAAAAUUGUCACAUCUCAUACUACAAUGAUGUAUGCAUACAAUGUCUUUUCCAUACAUGUAAUUGCCAUAUAUUGUCAAAAUUGAUUCUUUUAGGUCGACUAUUUAUUUAUUUGGAUUUUGGGGUGUAAAAUGAGCUGCACAUGUUCUAGAUCAGUGUGAUGAGAGCAGUUUCACCGACCGGGGCGUCCUGCAUGUGGGAGGAGACGCCGUAAAUAGAGUCGUCUCAGUAGACCUCUCAAACCACGCCUGCGUAUUUACUGAAUCCAACCCUCGGCAGGUUUUCAUAUUUUCUCCGUUUGUUUGUAAAUUUAGUCGUCUGAUGCAGCAUCACCUCGCUGCUACCCGAUGUUGCUUUUAGUUCUAUGAUUUAUUCAGAAUCCGACCAAAUAUAAAUUUGAUUUACCAGGAAACGGCAUGAAAAAAACUCCAUGUGGUUGUGAUUGAGGUGUGUUGUGAGUCUGAGUGUCUGUGUGUGUGUGUGUGUGUGUGUGUGUGUGUGUGUUUGAGCAGACGGAAGAUGGGCCGGACCCCACCCAUGAUCGUUUAACCCCUUUAUGCCCAGACCCAGUGCUGUCAUGUUGCUUAGCAACCCUCGCUGAUCCCGGAGCCUGAGUCAGGUCAGCAUCUCCGAUCGACGUGGACCGGACCGCGAUCAAACUCGUCAAAGCUUCCAGAGUCUGUUUUCAGGGGAAGAAUCUCAGCUUUUGUUGUUUCCUCUCUCUCUAAAUACUCUUUCAAACCCCAGAAGCAGUUUUCAGCUCAACAUAUUGGUGAUCUGUCUCUAAAGUGCUGCUGCGAUUGUAGAGAAUGUAGCCAAAAGAGAAAUAAACAUUUUGAAAAUA